UACACCCAAAGUGUAUUCAACAAAGUGAACUAAGUAUAUGACAUUUAAUUUUUCUUUACGCUUAUUUGACGUGAAUGUUGUCAUUGACUUAACCCUUACAUUUAUUCAAAAAUUCAUAUUCGGAAAUUCAACAGUAAGCAAAUUUCAAAACGAAAAGCAAUAUUUUUUUAAAUAACUGAAUAAAAUGCCGAAUACUUGUUGCCUAUGCAAAACAACUCAUGGAAGCAACUUACCAAUGUUUUGUGCUCCAACUGACAAAUCGCAUAAACAUCUGUAUACAGUUUCUAAUAGUUUGGCGGGGUACUGGUUACGACGUAUAUACUCUUACAUAUAUAGUUACAAUAAAAUUUGUGAAUAAUGUUGCAUUUAUACACGUAUGUAAUUGUUUGAAAAAUAAAUAUGAAUUCAUUAUAACGUUGAGAAGAAAUAAAUUGGUUGUCUCUAUUUCUAUUACGUUUAUAUUUAUCAUAUAUAUGUAUGUAUGUAAAGCAAGUGGCUUCAUAUUGUUCAAGAUCAAAAAAAAACACACGGGUUAAUAUAAACAAAUACAUGAAUUGUUUACUAUUUUAUUGUCAAAUAAGCGUAAGUCAAAUACUUAGUUCACUUUGUUGAAUACACUUUGCGUACACCUAUGUGUACACCAAAAUACGACAUUCUAGGUACUUAAAAUUUUAGCCUAUGCCAAGCUCCAUACAAAAAAGUUCGAAGUCUUUUGAAAAAAACGAAUAAUAACUCAAUUAUUUUUGCAUAAAAAACCUAAUGUACGAUUUAAAUCUGUUUAAAGUUGUUUGAUUUGUAAAUUUUAUUGUAUUUAUCUAUUUUUAGAAAUUAUUGGACCUAAAGGUUUAAUUUGUUGCAGAUUUUAUUGAUAUACAAAAAUUGAUUAGUACAAAAUGUCUGAAAACGUUGAAAAAAAAAGAAACCAUCUGGGUCAGAAUAUAGAAAACGGAAAGCAGAACAAGAGAAGGAAUUUCAGAGAACAAAAAAGUUCAUGAAUAUAGAUAAAUAUAUUACAACAAAAAAUGAAGACCUGAAUAUGCCAUCUACAUCUGGAAUACAAAUUAAUGUAUCGGUAGCGCAGCCUCUAUCUGACAAGUCAAAUCAGAUAACUGAAGAUUGUGUUGAAGAGAUUGUGGACAAAGUUUCCCAAAGUGAGAUGAUAAGCUGUGGUACUAUUACAAAUGCUGCUCCGGAUGACUUCAUUGGUGAUGUACAACCAAUACAAAUUCUAGAUGACGUUAGAACUGUUAUCGCCAAUAUAUCGGAUCCUGCUUCUUGGCCAGUCACUCGAAAUGGCAAAAUCAUUGAUCAUAUAAUUACUAGUGACCCAAUGCAAACUCAUAUUGAUAAUUAUCCGAAGAAUGAUACAGGCCGACAUUUCUCUAAUUCCCAUUUCACAAAAAAUCUUGCAAACAAUGAAACAAUUCAGCGCCGUUGGUUAAAUUACUCCAUUUCUAAGGAUCGAGUUUAUUGUUUUUGUUGUAGACUAUUUGAUAGUAGCUCAACGUUGAACUUAGUAACUGAAGGAUACAACUACUGGAAACACUUGUCUGAAAUGUUAAAAAUUCAUGAAAAUAGCACUUUUCAUAAGAAGUUUUACCUUUCGUGGAUUGAUGCUGAACUACGAUUAAAAAUAGGAAAAACAAUAGACAGCCAAGAGCAACACUUGAUUAGAAAGGAAACUACAAGAUGGAAUAAUGUUUUAUCUAGAUUGAUGCAUAUCACACUUUAUUUAGCCGAAAACAAUAUGGCGUUCUGAGGUACUUCCUACAAACUAUAUACGCCAAACGCCAAAUAACGGAAAGUUCUUAGGCUUAGUACAACUACUAGCCAAAUUUGAUCCAGUCAUGCAGGAGCAUUUGCGAUUAGCUAUGAAGGAUGAUAUUUCAGACCACUACUGUGGAAAAGACAUUCAAAAUGAAUUAAUAGAGCUGAUGGGUGAAAAAGUGAAGUAAAAUCAUAUUACACACAAGUAAUCAAAAUAUUAUUCUAUUAUAGCUGACUGUACUCCUGACAUUAGUCAUGUAAAACAACUUUCGCUGACAUUAUGAUUUGUUGAUUUAUCAGACGAUAAUGAAAAAAAAUAAAUAAAAGAGCAUUUCUUGGAAUUUAUACCUAUCAAUAAGUCAACUGGUGAAAGACUGACUGAAGUUAUUAUUAAUGUUUUAAAUAAAUACGGACUAGAAUUGAACGAUUGCAGGGGUCAGGGUUAUGACAACGGGGCGAAUAUGAAAGAAAAAAAUAUUGGGGUUCAAAGGAGAAUUCUCGACAUAAACCCCUUAGCUGUUUAUGUGCCGUGUGGCUGUCAUAGCUACAAUCUAGUACUAUGCGAUGCCGCUAAGUCAUCCGUAGGAUCAGUCACUUUGUUUGAGGUACUUCAGAGGUUCUUCACAUUGCACUAUAGGUCAAAUGAACGGUUUUUGAGGCAAAAAAUCAAUUUUUGAAGUGUACUAUUUCAUAAAAAGGAUAAUGGCAUUUUGUAAUAAACAUUCUGAAAUACCCAAAAAAAAAAAAAAUUAGAGUCAGGUGGCAACCCAUGUCUUAAAGCCAAGCUGUCAAAGUUGUAGUUUUUUUUGGUUCGUUUUGUUUUCUUACAUUCACCUUUAUAGUGCCUAACAUUUAAUCCAUUGUUUAACAAAAUAUUAUAAUUGUAUACAAUUUUUAUAAAAUGGAAAUUAUUAAUUCAGGUAUGUAAAAAAAAAUGUUAUUAAUAAGUUUCAUAAAAAUGUUGUUGUUGUAAAUUUUUUGUUGCAUCAAAGUGUGUCGUAUUUACUGUGGAGUUUUGGUUAUUGACCUGAUGUUUCUUGGAGUAGUACUUUGUUUAUUGGCACGUAUUUGUUGAACAAUAUAUAUGUGGAGAAAGGUAAUGAUGUGUACUUUCAUGUGGUUGUAAUUUCAACUGCAGCCAACUGCAGCCCAACUGCUCUAAAUUAUUUAUAUUUUCCUUUUAAGAUUCCGUAAAAAUAAAAAAUACGGAUAUAGUUAAAUUUUGGUUAGAUAAUAACCGAAAUGCUACGAUUGUUGUCAACUGGAUUUUCAAGAAAUUUAAUAGAAGUGUGGAUGACGAAUGUAUGGCAUCAAUCAAAAAGAAAAUUAACAAUUUUUGUGCAACUGCUACCCAAAAGUGGAACAAGAACCAAAGAUGUGCGAAGAGAUUUGAGAACAACGAAAGUUUAUGGCUAUCAAAUGUAACUGAAUUUAAAAUUUCUGAGAGUGAUAUCGCAAACAAAAGAGGCCGCCCUCAUGUUGGAUACAGCGAGGGAAGUGCGAGGCAAAAACGAAAACUUGCUUCCGAAGUAUCGUCCGUACAGGGUCACGAUACCAAAUUAUUGGUCCAUGCUGCUUCAAUAUCAACUUAUGCAUCAAAAGCAAAUGAUUUAAACUUUGUUUUAAAGGAAGCAGCUUCAUCUCCAUCUAGGGCUACAAAAAUGAGAAAAACUUUAACCUCCAAUGACAAAAAACCUUUACCACUAUCCCCCGAGGAAGCAUUACUAUUUUUGAUAGAAAAUAAUUUAACAAAGCAACAGUACAUAAACAUUCGGGCAAUGAGCAAGUCACGAAACUGUGAUAUUUAUCCACAUUACCAAAAAAUUCAAGAGUGCAAACUGCAAUGCCGACCUGAUGGACUAUCGGUAACGGAAUCAUCAGCACAAAUUCCUCUGCAGAGCUUGGUUAACCAUACAGCAACAAGAAUUUUGUCAUACCAAGAAGAAGUUUUGAUGCAAAUAGAAGAGUUGAAUGAUGUCAGAUUGGUUUUAAGUUAUGGCUUCGACGGUUCCACAGGACAAAGUUCUUUAAAACAAAUAUUCAGCAGCAAUACCCCAGAAAGUUUAGAUAACUCGCUAUUUGUGACAUCAAUUAUACCACUAAAAUUAAUCACGUCGCAUCAUGAAACCGUUUGGAUUAAUCGUACACCUCAAUCUGUUCGUUUUUGCCGACCACUUAAAAUUGAAUUUAUUAAGGAAACGAAGGAACAUAUUUUGAAAGAAAAAAACAAUCUGGAUAUGCAAAUAAAAAACCUUGAGCCCUUAGAAUAUUUUUUAAAUGGUAGAAAAAUAUCAGUAAAAUAUGAAUUUAUAAUGACUUUAAUUGAUGGAAAAGUUUUGAACGUACUUACGGAAACAAAGUCUUCUCAGUCGUGCCCAAUAUGUAGUGGAAAUCCGAAGCAGUUUUUGUCAAUAAAAGAUUUAAGCUCAUUAGUGUUUCAGCCAAAACCAAAUUCAUUAAAAUAUGGCAUAAGCCCAUUACACGCUUGGAUUCGAUGCCUAGAAUUUGUUCUGAAUCUUUCAUAUAGACUUCAUAUUAAAAAAUGGCAAAUUCGAAAUGCUGAGGACAAAUUACUAAUGCAACAAAGAAAAAGUGAAAUUCAACAACAAUUCUGGGAGAAAAUGGGUCUUCAUGUCCAUAAACCGAAAAGUAAUGGAAGUGGAUCAACAAACGACGGCAAUACUACGCGAAAAGCAUUUUCAAAUCUAGAAUUAUUUGCUUCAAUAACAAACGUUAACAUCGAGUUUUUAAAACAUUUACAAGUCAUACUAAUUGCAAUUUCUUGUAAUUUUGAGUUAAGUGUCGAAAACUUGAAGAGUUUUUGUUAUAGAACUGCCGAAAUAUAUUUUGAAUAAUAUUAUGAAUGGUACCCAAUAUCAGCUACGUUACAUAAAAUUUUAGCACAUUCUUCGCAAAUAGUACAAGCCUCAAUCGUGCCUCUUGGAUGCGCUGGAGAAAGUGCUUCUGAGGCGAGAAAUAAAUUUUAUAAAAAGGAUCGCAUUGAGCAUGCACGAGAAGACUCUAGAGAACACAAUAUAUCUGAUGUUUUUAACAGAGCCAUGGAUUCUUCUGACCCAUUCUUAUCCAGUAUAUGCCUAAAGAACCGUCAUUCAGCAAAAAAAAAUUGCAACUUCCAAGAGAAGUUAUUUCUCUUUUAAAGAUUCUAGAUGUUCCUGAAUAUCAAUUGCCGACUACGUCAAAUGCUAUCGCAAAUGAAAAUUUUCCUGAUUUCGAAUGGGAGGCAGAGGAUCUAUCUCUUUUUAAUAUAGAGUUAGAAGUUGAUGAAACAGGGGACAAUUUUGAAUGGAAUUAAAUCUUGAUGGCAUUGGAAGCACAAAUUAACUUGUAAGCCGAUCACUAGCAAAAGAAGACUUAUUUAAUUUCAUCGUUUUAUGUUAAUAAUUUUAUUAGUAAAUAAAUGUUAUUUCUAGCAGAAUGCUCCAUUAUCCAAGGACCGUGUUUUCUAUUAAUUCUCCCACCGCUAAGCUUACUUUUCCGGUCAAUGCAAGUGGGCAUUAUAAUAAUUUUAACGUGGUAAACAAUAUAGUUACUAGAAGUGGGCGUGAUUAGGGCGGAUCGACUUGAGAUUUUUAUCGAAGAGUAAGAUGCCCAUCGUAGUCACCUGUUCCAAAUUUUGAAGCUCUAGCUGCUUCCUGUGAUUUCUUGCCUCAAAAACCAUUCAUUUGACCCAUAGUGCAUUGUUUUCAGCUUCUGUUCAUUGAUGGAAAAUUCUAACCGAUCACUUGGGACUAUACAUAUACUAUAAAAAAGCUCAGCGACACACGUUGGUAAGAAAGUAUAAGUAGUGUUAAAGCAGCCCGUUAUCAAAUUAGUACUAUACAUAAUGCUUUGAUUACUUUGGCUCUUGGAACUCAGAAAACUGAUGUUCAAGUGUCUCAUGAGGCUACUACUCUGGCCGAACAGCUAAAAGAUUUCAUGUUCAUAGUCUCAUUGGUUGUUUGGUAUGACAUACUUUAUCAAAUAAAUACUGUAAGUAAAUCUCUACAGUCAACAGAUAUGGAUCUUGGUAAAUGUACAGAAAUGUUGAAAAAAUGCUGCAAUUCUUCGAAGACUACAGAAAUACAGGCUUUAAAGGCGCUAUUUUAACUGCGAAGGAGUUGGCCGAAGAACUAGAAAUUGAACCUAUAUUUCGAGCUACAACAAGAAUUCGACAUGUUAAGCGUCAAGCUAGUGAAAUUGCACGCAAUAACCCUAUAACUUCUCCAGAAAAAAAAAAUUGAGGUUGAAUUUUUAAACUGUCUUUUGGACACUACAUUAAUUUCAGUCUAUGAAAGGUUCGAACAGUUAAAUGAGUACACGGAAUCUUGGUCUUUUUUGUACAAUAUUAAACAGAUUACAGAAAAAACCCGACCUUGUCAAGCUCUGUAGUGAUCUCCAAUUAAAAUUAACUGUAGACUCUAAAUGAACUUGUAAGUCUGAUUUCCUUUUCAUCAAAGAUUGCAACUUACAAGAACUGUAUCUAAAUGUAUGGAUAGCAUUGCGAAUAUUAUUAACUAUACCUGUAACGGUUGCUAGUGGGGAGCAGAGCUUUUCAAAGCUGAAGCUGAUAAAAACCUAUCUUCGAUCAACAAUUUCUCAAUCUAGAUUGACAAACUUAGCAACUUUGUCAAUUGAAAACGAAAUUGCUGAAAACAUCGACUUUGACAACCUUAUAAAAGAGUUCGCUGAUAGAAAGGGCAGAAAAGUAAAAUUUUAUUAGUGUUUUUGUAAUAAAUGGUUAUUUUUUAUAAUAAAUAAUUAUUUCUUUUAAUAAACGGUUAUUUCAAUAAAUAUUUUCCCUUUUUUCGAAUGGGUUUAAUUGCAGUUGGAGGGCGCCGUAGAAAUGUCGCCCAGGGCGCUGGUAGUGUUAAACCCGGCACUGAUUAUAAUCUCUCCAAGCGAGCAAAUAUUUUGAGGUAACAAAGCUUAACAUUAAAUCAAAAAUGUUGCACAUAACUCCAAGAUUGUUAUCUUGUGAACAUACAUAUAUUAAAGGUCAUAGUUUGUCUAUUCCUAUUCCUUUUAUUACUGUAUUUUGUUUCAUGUCAACGAUAUUCAUACAAAAAUCAAUCUAAUUAACUAAAUAAUAAUACGUUACAUAAACUAAACUAACGGGACUUAUUUUUAUAUAUUGGGUAUCCGGGAAAAAAAUCAAUCAAUGUACCGGAAAUCAUAAAUUAGGAAUAUGGGGCUUAUAUCUAUUUCUAUCAUAUUCAGGAUUAAACCGAAAUAUCAUAAACAUAUCCACUUCCUUUCAUUAAAAUAAAACAGAUAUUAAUCAAAAGAAUUACACGAACGUAAAUUAGGCGAAUGCGGUGGUUGCGGCACGAGAUUAGUUGAAAAUCUGGCGAAAUGACCACGAAUAACCAAUGCAGUAUGAAAUGGUGCAUAAGAAUUCACUUUUAGAGCCUCACAAAACGACGCGUAUCUCAAAUACUAAUGAAUAUUUUGACGAGAAAUUUACAGAAAAGAAAAUUGUCGAUUCGAAAAACACGCGAAGUAUAAAUUAAAAAUUCUAUUUGAUCGCGCUAAAUUUUAAUGCACUGCAAUUUCAAAAUAUGAACAGCACAUAGAUUUUCAACUUAAACAACAAAAACUAAAUUAAAGAAACAAUUCCGGUCCAGGGAGAUGAUAUAUAAUCACAAUUUCUUCCAUUAGACAUAUUUAAAAUUAAAAGUGGCUCAGUUAUGUCACAGUCUUACCACAUUAUAAUCUAAUCUAAUCUUUGGCAUCGAGUUAAUAUUACGGAUGUUCCAAACUAUAAAUCCUAAUACUAGCGAAACUUCUACUCCAACAAUAUACCAAGAAGCCACGAUGCAAUACCAGAAUGUAAUAGAUGUACAAAUUGAAGUAAUAAAGGAAUUACCUAUUUUCCAAGGAAACAAAGAAGAAUAUACGAUAUGGAAGUCACAUGUAAUGAAAGUCAUGGAACCACUUCAAGUAUUCCAGAACACACCUCAAUUCUACCUUCAGAAGAAGAAUCACGGGGCAUGCAGAUAUGUUACUUGAAUACAACAACACAACUCUCAGCUUCUACAGUAUCAUGGAAGCUUUGGACGCACUAAAUCACGACCCAAACGCACUGUAUGAAAUACAAGAACACAUGAAGAACUUGGCACAACAACAGAAGACUUGGACACUUAUUUCCAAUACACA